UGAUCCUUGACCCAGAUUCCUCAGCAUUUGAAUGCACAGAAGCAACAUGAACCCACCUUGGCACCCUUGGGGUAAUUAAUAAAGAUCCUGCAGUCUUAUGGCUUAGGAUCAAAAUGCCCGAGAAGAAAGAGAGACCUUUGGCUGAGAACCAGCUGCCUCUGAGUCUAUCUGGGUCAGAUAUAAACGCUUCUUUAAUGUGAAGUGCCAGGUGUAACGUAAGCGCCUCAGACGGGUUGGAAUUGUAAUUAGCUGCCGUUAUACGGUUUUGUUCUCGAUAUAGUUCACUCACUGAGAUGACGACACGUACUUGAGAGGACAGCAAGGCGGCGGACAAUCAGAUGCAACCAGGAGGCGAGGCAGAACUUUAGGGUUGAGACUAUGCGACAAGGGGACGUUUGAAGCUGACUGAGCUCAAUGGAGGUGGAAAAUCCACAGCCAGACUGGGAGCGAUGGAGGAAGAUAAUGGAGCUGAAGGUAAGGCGUUGGAUAACUGUGGAUGUCGGCGAGGAGUCUGAUGAGGAAGACGAUGAGGGGCAUGCCAAGGUGAGGAAGGAUGAUGGAGUGGAUACAGAGUACCGGGAGGUGAUAGAUGAAGAAGUAUGGGCUGAGAACUGGGGGGUAGAGGACAGAGAUGCAGAUAUUGAGGGUGAAGAACAAAGCAGGGUCGAGAAUCAGGGAGCAUUCAUGAAUGUGAAGGAGGAAGAACAGGAUCCUGUCCUAAAGAACCUCGUAAAACACUCUAGUCAAGAGCAGAAGGGGAAUAGGGAUUCUUUGGAAGGUUCAAGUUAUACUUGGACUGAUUGUAACGGUGAGAACAAUGAAGGGCGUGGUUUCACUGGGUUGCAGAAUGACGAAAAAAGAAGAAAUAGUAUGUUGGCAGUUUUGAAGAAGGGAGAACUCCAUAGGAGGGUGAGUGCCAUCUCACGGACAAACCGUGUAGAAUGUGAAAAGGAGGAAGAAGAGAUGUCAAGUGAGGAUGAGGAGGAAAGGAGCUCAGAAGAAGGUGCAGACAGCAUAAAGAUCUACUGCAAAGAUGACCACCACGUCGAGCUCUUCCGCACAUUGACGGCAUUCAAGGACUCGUCUCUGCUGGCCGACCUCACUUUGAGAACAUACGACGGCACAAGGCUCCGCCUACAUUCCAGCGUCAUGGCAACCGUCAGCACCCUGGUCAAGAACAAUUUGAAGCACUGUGUGGGUGAGGGAGAGCACAGGUACUCCAUUUCCUUGGGUCCAGAUGUGGACUUCCGUGGGCUGGAGGGGAUUGUGGAAUUCGCCUACACUGGACUUAUAUCCCGUUUGAAGGAGGACAACGUAGCAUACGUGGAAGCUGCAGCUCAGACCCUGGGCGCACAGAGGGUGUUGCAUUUUCUUUGUAAGCAGAAGGAGAAAUCGUUCACUGCUACUGAAAAAGAGAACGAGGGAGGCAUCUCGGAUUCAGAACAAUUAGCCAUCAGUCUUCAUUCAAUCCGAAAGUUGUGGGUGGAGCGAGUGGGCUGCGAUGUUGUUCUAGAAGCAAUUGGAGCAUCACUUCCUGCCCACAGAAUCAUCCUGGCAGCCAGCAGCGACUUCUUCCGUGGAAUGUUCAGCUCAGGGAUGAAAGAGUCCACUCAGUCCCACAUCGCUCUUCCGUUCCUGUCUGCUUCAGACUUGGAAGCUCUCGUCGGAUCAUCCUACAGUGGCGCGCUCCCGCUAAGCUGGAGUUGCGCGUUUGAGAUCAGCAGCACCUCCAUUCAGCUUCAGUACCAGCCAGCGCUCUCCCUGAGCCUGGACUUCCUCCAGCAAGAACUCAAUCCGUACUUUUGCCUAGAUGUGGUAUCGUUCGCCCGAGCUUACCAGUUAGCACAGCUUCUCGAAGUCGCCGAAGAUUAUGUGUUGCGGCAAUUUCAAAAGGUGGCGUGCACCUCCAAAUUUAAGGAUCUGCCAGUUCCGCAGCUCUCGAGAUACCUGAACAGCAGCUCGCUUUGUGUUCCGUCCGAGCUGGUUGUGUUCACGGCUGUCGCGGGCUGGAUCCGAGCCGAGCCCGAGACCCGAUGUAAACUUGCCAGAGAGCUCAUGAAAACUGUCCACUUCCCCCUUAUGACAUUUAAGGAAUUCAAAGAAGUUCAGGUGGCGAAACUGUGGCGUCUACACGAGCUGGCCGAGCUCUAUGAAGAAGUGCGGGAGGUGUUCUGCUCCAAUGAAGUGGAACCGCAGAGCCGCAUCUACUUGCCGAAACAGAUUAUAGUCUUGACCGGAGGCGAUCAGAUCUCCGAGGACCUGGGGAAUCGCCGUUUGAGCAGAGAAGUCUGGUUCGGGAAUUCUCUAAUGAACCACACGGGGAUAAGAAAAGCGAUGGAGUGGAGGCUGCUGGGAGAAAUGCCGGAUCCGGCGAGGUUCUGCCAUGAAGCCGCGGUGCUCAAAGGGAAACUCUACGUCUUUGGUGGGAAAAAGUACUACGGGACAGAAGACACCCUAAAGUCUGUUUACAGGUAUGACCUACUCCAAAACAGCUGGGAGAGAAUGGCUGACAUGACAAAUAAGAAGGGCUACUUCUCAGUGGUGGUACUAGGCGAUCACAUAUAUGCCAUUGGGGGGCGCUGUCACCCUGAUUAUACAGAUAGUGUAGAAUGCUUCUCACCUGCUGCUAACUCUUGGAGCUUUGUUCGGCCCCUGGAUCAGACCCUCGCUGGGCACGUGGCCAAAGUUUCUCGAGGGCAGAUCUUCAUUUCUGGUGGAUUGAACAGCGACCACUGUUGUCUGGCAUCUCUGUUUGUGUACCACCCAGAAAAAGGUAGCAUCUACCUGGCUAAUAUGUCUGGAGGACGUGCUCACCACUGCAUGGAGACUCUAGACGACCGUCUUUACGUCAUGGGCGGGAUUACACAGGACAAUAAGCAGACGGCGAUAGAUCAGCUAGCCUGCGAGGCGUACGAUCCCGAUGCGGACUGUUGGACGGCUUUCUCGGCUCUACCCGUGCCUCACGUGGGGGCUGGAAGUGCCGUUCUGGAGGGGAAGUUGUACGUGCUGGGCGGGUACAGUCAAGAGGACUACAGCGACACCAAGAUGGUCCACCGUUACGACCCAGCUCUGCGGAAGUGGGAGAACAUGGGAAAGAUGCCGGGGCCGAACAACGACCUGCGAGCGUCUGUGCUAUUUCUGCCACCACAUGUACGCACGUAGAAGGAUAUUUUGUACAGUCUUACCGUUUAUCAGCAUCAGAAGGUCGAUGUCCUCUUUGUUUUUGUCAUUCUUGCGUGUCUUCAUGUCUGAAAUAAAAUGAUGAAUGCAUUCAUGUAGAGCAGGGGUCUCCAAACUGUUCCGCAAAGAAAACAAACAGAAGCCACAGCGGCCCUUAUGGACUGGGUUGGAGACCCCUGAUGUAGAAGAACAAACACAAUUGUCUUGCCCUUUUGUCCUGCUACCUGAGUCGAUCCAUUUUAUUUUACAAUACAUCCUGGUUGAUAAGAACAUAUAAACAAU